AUGCGGCUGGUGGACACCUGGGGUCGCCUCGAAGGUCUCUUGGAGGAGCAGAACUUCAGCGCGGAGGAGCUCACCGAGAUGGGAUUCAUUCGCCCUGAUGCCUUGCGUGAGCUGAUUUCCUCACUCUUCAACUCAGUCAUGGAAGCACCUUGGGAAAACGUUGUGCAAACCGUGGCACAGGUUCCACGGAAUCGCUCGCAGGUGCCAAAGGCCAUGACUGAGGAUGGGGCGCCCAUGGAUCGGCAGCCAAGUGCCACGCCUUCCACAGCAUCGGUGGAGAGGAACCACAGCGGAGCACUGCAGGCAUGGCUGCCGGUGCGGUUGCAGCGGCGCGAGUUUGGGGGUGCGAAAAAACAUGACUUGGACAAGAAAAAGGACGCCGGAGCAGACACCGCCCCAGCGUCCGUGGCCCCCGCGGCGCCCGUGGCGCCUCCGCCUGUCGUGCCAGCGGCCAUCCCGGCCCCAGCGGGUGUCCCUGCGGAGCCAGCAAAAGCCCAUGGUUUCCUGAUGUCUCCUGCAUCAAAUGACCAUGGUUUCCCACAAAUUUCCCUUGAAAUUCCUCCAGUGGAUCCCAGUGGCAGUUCAACCAGCAGAUCCACCCGGUCGCCAUGGACGCCGGAUGAAGUGCUUGGUGCUGCUUCCGGUCAGCCGGGAUGGAGACAUCUUCACAGUGACAUGUGGUGUUGGUGCAUUCUACUGACUUGGCACCUGGCAAAUGCAGGAACUGCUGAAAAAACCUGGUCCGCACUGGAAGACUUGGCCAAGGGUGGAUCGAGUUCCAAGGAGGUGUCCAGUGGCUCCUACUGGCAGCAACGGCUUCUGGAGCUUCAUGAUCUUCAUCCACACCCGGAGGCGUCCGCUGUUCUGUCGUGGCUGUACCUGUUCGGAUUGCCAUCCGAGACUCGUACAGACCGCUGGCACUGGUCUUCCAGUGCUCCAGCUGCGCUGGUAGAGAGGGACAUUGACAAAGCGAUCCAAAUUGCACGAGAUGCGGCGAAGUCGAACUGUGCCAGGUGUUUGGCCUUGUUGGGCUUCAUUUUGUCCAUCGCCUAUCCUCCCCUGCUGGGUGCCGCUCACCUCGCCGCCACCGGGCGCCUCGUCUUCCUCGGCGAGAUCCGCGCGGCCACGGCGGGGCCGCGGCGGCCCCGCGACGUCGGCGCGCCGGACCCGGCGGCGGCGGCCUACGCGGCGGCGGCGGAGAUGGGUGAUGCCCUGGGGAUUUUGGCCGCCAGCUACUUGAGGCAGAAAGGACUCAUCAACGACACCUUGAAAGCUCCAAUGGCCAACCAAGCAUCCUGCAUGGUCUGCAGAACACCAGAGUUGAGGCUGAACAGAUCCUCUGCGGCCGGUGGGCUCUGCAGCUCUCCGGGGUCGCUGGGUCACUUGGCCACCGAAGUCGUCGAGCAGCUCUCGAAGUCGCCCUGGGGUCCCCUGCCGACGCCGCUCACGGAGCUGCGCCAAGCGCGAACCAAAGAUACGGCCUUUGUGGAGCACGUCUUGGCGGAUGUUUCCAACGCUGCAGCGGCGGACCUCGCCCAAGCGGCAACAUUGCUUGAAGGGAACCACGUCGACGUCAACGACCUUCCGGACACCUCGCGUCGCCACGCGGACGUCCAAGUGCUCUACACGCGUGCGGCGGAGAAGGGCGAACGGCGCGCAGCGCUGAGGACGGCGGUGGAACAUUUGCAGAGGAAUGAGACGGAGAAAGCGAAACCGCUCCUGGAAAAAGUGUCGCAUCAACCUGAAGAAGCUGAAGAACCAAUGGCAGCCAUGGCCCAGUACUACUUGACGCGCUUCAGCAAUGACACCAACAGUUCUGAAGAGGAGCGGAGAGAAUUGGCUUGGCCGCACCUGGUGCGUGCUGCCGAUUUGGGACGCCAAGAUGCUGAACUCCUGGUGGCCCACGCCCAUCUAAAUCCACCACCAGCCGUGGCCACCAACGGCACCAACGGCCCCAACGGCAGCGACCCCGGCAAGUCCAACAGCACCGAAGCGGCGCGGCGCUACCGACGCCUGGUGGCUGGUGACAGGGCGAACGCCAGCGAGAUGCGGAGGAGUGGCAAUCUGAGCGAAGUGCAGGCCUUUGCUGCCUACAACUUGGGCGUUUUGUCCCUCCAGAGCCUCGAUGACACGUCCAGCUGUUCCGUGGAAGCGCAGGAGCUCUUCCAAGACGUGGCGCUGUCGCACGGCCACGUGGUACGCCUGAUCCUGGCGCUGGAACGCCGCGCAGCGAGACUGGGAGAUGUGCAUGGCGCCUUGCUGCUGGCGAUGCUCCUGAGUGACCUGGGCCACGAGUUGGGCCACCUGGAUGCGGCACAUCUCUGGGACCGUUCCACCGCGCGGCCGCGGCCGGCGGACGCGGACGCGGACGCGGACGGCGACGACGGAGAGGCCGUCCCCGAAGCCUGCGAUUUGCAUGGCUGGUGGAGCACCAACUCAUCCGAGUUGCUCUUGCAAAACGUUUCGAAGCUCUUCGCUUCCAAAGUGAAGGGCGGUGGCUUCGAGAUGUUCAACGCAAGCGGUUCCGAGGUUGGAGUGGAGGUGGAGGAAGCCAUUGUGCUGCCGCGCCCUGAAACGACGGAGUUUCAACACCUGCACUCCUUUUUGUGGCACACCACCUAUGACGCCUUCCCUGCAGCGGCGCCUGUCCCAGUGGCAUUGCAACCCCCUGGCGCAGUGCCGCAUCUGGUGGAGUUUCACCACCAAAGGGGAAAGCUGACCAUGGACAAGUCUUGUCAGAUUGCCUUGGUGGAGGGCAUGUACGUCAACUGGACUUUCCAUCGGCUGGAUGCUGUUGAAGAGGAGAAGCCGAGGGAUGUGCCCGCUCCGAUAGUCGCGAGUUCAGAGGAUUUGGUGGAAGAGUCAGUAGAGGUCGCCACACGUGACUGGUUGCAUUGCUGGGUUCGACCUGAACGCUACUAUGUGGCAUUGAAGGCUGCGCUUGCAGAAGCGCCCCAAGAACAGCCCGCACCUCCAGGGACAUGGGAGGAGGUGAUGUCGUUGACCACCAGCAAGGAUUGCCCCUGCUAUGGUGGCUUUGCAUGUCGCAGAGGCGACGGAGCCUGCGAGGUCCUGGCCAAGCAGUCGGCCGGAGCCGGAGAGGAGUUUUCUGCCUGUCAGCCUGGAUCCAGCCUCUGCCAAGAGGUCCCUCCAGAGCUGGAUCCCCCUCGGAGCAACUGGGCGGCAUCGCCGGAGGUUUGCGCCUUCUACUUCUACCGGAGGGCAGCAGCGGAUGGAAACAUUGAUGCCAUGCAUGUCCUGUCGCAUGCCUACAGCAACGGCCACCGGGGGGCACCGAAGGAUCCAGUGGAGGCUUCACCCGCGGCUCCAUUCCAGCCAACCAAAGAACUUUCUAGCUCAAAAGCCUUCCACUGGAGCGAGCGCGCCAUGGCACUGGGAGACCUCCGAGGACACUUCGACGUGGCCUAUUCGAAGGAGUUCGGCUUGGGCACUGCCGUGGAUGCCGCGCGAGCGAAGCAGAUCUACCAGGACAUUCUGACCGCGCAGGGCUUGGAGAGCGACUCGCUGCUGGGCCAAGCGGCCGCCAGCUUUCUGUCCUUGGCCGCCUCAGGGCGCUACGUGGCCAGCCGUCUUCUCCAUCAUUCAUCUGACUGGGUCGCAUCGGCCGGGUCCGAGCGGACAAAGAUUUCGACCUGACCCGACCAUUCGUUUUUU